CACAGGCUGUGCCUUGUGUGGAGAAGACGAGCAGAACUGCAAGGAGUGGCAGGGAGGAGAGAGAGACACAGAGAGAGAGAGAGAGGAAGAGAGAGAGAGCGAGAGAGAGAGAGAGGAAGAGAGAGAGAGCGAGAGAGAGAGUGGAAGAGAGAGAGAGCGAGAGAGAGAGAGAGAGAGAGAGAGAGGAAGAGAGAGAGAGCGAGAGAGAGAGAGGAAGAGAGAGAGACAGAGUGGGGGAAGGGAGAGCAAGAGCAUCUUUUGCCUGAAUCCUUUACAAGCAUCCACCCCACAGUAGAAGCUACACAGGUGAAACAACAUGGACCGUCUCAACACCACCUCUCUCCCGUGGCUCCCUGACGCCGCCCCGCUGUCCCAGGUCUCCCUGCAGGUUCAAGAGGUGUACCCGUUCCACGACGGCUGGAACAUAGCGUGCUUCGUCAUCCUCCUCCUCUUCAUCAUCACAGUAGUCUCCCUGGCAGCUCUGGCCUUCCUCUACGAGCUGCUGGACUGUGGCUGCUGUGUCAAGGGGAAGACCCAUCGUGACCUGAUGGAGGAGGAAGGUCCCUUCCACAACAUGGUGGAGAAGAUCCACAGUCCCACGGGGUCACAAACCGAGGUGGUGUAAGGGGGUUAAAGGGGUCGUUGCCACAGUGACCAGGGCCAAGCAGGAAGUUAGGUCAUGAUCGUUGACCCUGAAUCUGAACCCGAGACUGACUGUGCUGUGUGCUCACAGUUUGAGAACAGUGAGACUGCACCUUCGUAUGUGUGAGAUUGUGUGUGGGUGUGUGUGUGUGUGUGUGUACGGUGGUGUUAUCUAAUCAAAGCACGUCAGCAGGGAAGGCAGGAGAGAAGAAGAGCUCUCCUUUGCCAAGUCCAGGGGGUUUUGACAAGUCUAUUAUUUGAUGGAUGUUUAGCCUGCAUCUUCAUCCAUCACCACAUUGUAAGUACAAGACAUACCAUUCGAGACAGCUAAAGACACAGAGGAGAUCCACAAUGAUAGCCAACCCUCUAGGACCCUACAGAGCAAAGAAGUCACCCAAAGUCAAUGACCAAGAUGCACCAAGAUGACCAAGAUGCACCAAGAUGACCAAGAUGCACCAAGAUGCACCAAGAUGACCAACAUGCACCAAGAUGACCAAGAUGACCAAGAUGACCAAGAUGCACCAAGAUGACCAACAUGCACCAAGAUGACCAAGAUGCACCAAGAUGACCAAAAAAUUAAAAUAACUGUCGUAAUGUUUCCAGAUUUCUAUGAAAGUUUUCCUUCCCCCACAAAAAUAGUAAUUAUGUUAAAAAGCAGCUUUUGUGUGUUGGAAUGGUGUGGGCGUGUACAGGUUAUUAGAAAUAUGAAUGGAGCAGACCGCUGAUUGGACCAUCUCAUCCUGCUCAGGAUGAUGACCUCAUCCUCUUUGAGGAAAUAACAAGCAUUUUUAAAAUGGUCUGUUUGAGAUCCAAGUGGGCGGUGGGGGGUUUCUGAAGUGUUUUUCCCCUCCAAUUUAUGAUUUGACCACAAAUACGAGUAUAGGAUUAAUAAAAAACAUUACGAGUUAAGCUAACUUUUAAAGUGAAUAUUCUGUUAUCACUGGACAGUUACUUUAAAAUGUCACCAAAAGACCACAGAAGACAUCCCGCAUGUGAAUGUAAUUUACAGAUGGUUUUAAUUCCCCAAUGCUUUGACUAACAUUGUAGUGAAGUCCUCAUCCAUUUGAGAAAAACUGUUCACAACUUGCUGUGUCGUAACGAUGUAAUCAACAUGUUGCCUGUGAUAAUGUCACCACUCAUCAACAUAUUUAAACCACAGCCAAGUGGCCAUGAUACUACUCUCUCUAGAAGGGGGGGGGGCACCUGUACACAUAUUUUAAACCACAGCCAAGUGGCCAUGAUACUACUCUCUCUAGAAGGGGGGGGGGGGGCACCUGUACACACACCGAUGUAAAUAAAAUAACAUACUUGCAUUGAGCACAUGGUGUUAUUUCACUUGCCUAAAAUGAUGAUGACGAUGAUGAAUAAACAAUUAUCAUGUAA